GAUGUUGUCGCAUCUUGCUCAAACUUUCGCUCUCGUUUCUGGAUUUAGGAAAUCUAAGUACUAGUACGGUAUUCAGACCCACACUUAGUAAUAACAGUGCUUAGUAAUCAGUCCUGGUAAUCAGUCUGUCAUUGGUUUUCACAAGGAAGUCAGAACAGCGUUGUUAUGCAUCGGUGACCAGACGGUGUGAACGGUGAACAGAAUGGUGAACUUAUGAACUCACCCAAAGUUGGGUAAACUGAAAUCAAGAAACCGCAAUACGACUUGGCUCGCUUUUAACCAAUCUUGUAAUCUAUGUUAUGUGUACAAUGUGCAAUGAGAAAUCAGACAUGUACACGUAUUUGCGAUAAACAAUAUUCUUUUUAUGAGGGAGUAUUUGUCGCUGACUGGGAUUAAUUAGCAAAUAUCGGUAAGGCCGGUGGCAACAAGCGCGAUUUGUAUUUGCAUCUUGAGAGCGUCUGUGGCUAAUUGACAAGAGGAGUGCAAAAAUUCAUUUCAUCGACGGUAUCUCUAAUGUUAGGCAACGACUUUUCUCCGAGGUGAAGAUGAUGUUCCUUCAUCCUCUCCUGGUCCUAGUCCUUAUAUCCACGGGGGAUUUCUUACGCGUGACAGGUGAGCACGAUUAUUUCAUUUAUGAAGGGUUUGAAAAAUAUUGUGUGCCUUUAUCUGUUUCCCCUUCCUUACUGCUAUGGCGUUAGUGAAUUCUGUCUAACGUUCUCCGUGUGUCUUUUUUCAACAGCUAUUGGCGUUACACCUGAAGAAGUAGACGACCUUCUCGAAAAUGCAGACAGCGUCUGGCGAGAAGCCAGGGAUGUCUUAAACUCUGCAUCCAGUCUCCGGGCAAUGACAGAUGUUGAGCAAGAACUUCAACGUUCCGUGAGUGAGAUUAGGUUAAUGCGUGUACGACUAGACCGGUUACGAGGUGAAGAUGUCACUCCUUCGAUACACGGGAUUAAGAUAGAACUUCGGCGACUACAGGAAACUUUAUCAACGACCAUGGAAGAGAUCAGACAACAGAUUUUGGACGUAUCUCAACAAAGAAUCCCUGAAGUUCAAGCGACAGGAGGAAGACCGAGGUUCAUUAUUGAUCCAGGCGAACUGACCGAGUCUUUUCAAGCAGGGGUGGCGUUUCAUGUCGCCGCUAGGAUUCAAGGAGUGUCUGACUCGACCUUAUAUAGAAGGAGGAGAGAGCUUGGUUUGCUGCAAAGAGAACGGUACACAAACAUAUCGGAUGAAGAUUUGGACACCAGGAUGAGAAGCAUCUUAGAAAACGACUCUAACUGUGGAAGAAACCUGGCAAUGGGUGCCUUGCGCAGUGACGGAGUUGUAGUCCCUACACGGAGGGUGUCGGAGUCUCUCCAGCGAGUCGGUGGGCCGAUGAUAGCUGCUCGGUGGCAGAGACCAGUAGAAAGACAGCCCUAUCGAGCGCACUGCCCAGGUUGGAUUGUCCAUUGUGACACACACCACAAAUUGAACGGACACCCACGAAGAAAUGGCCGGACGGCAGUCUGCUGGGGGAUUACAAUUCAAGGCGGCGUCGAUGGAUACUCCAAGACCUGCACGUUCCUGAGCGCCACCGGAUCCAACACAGCCGCCUUCAUGAUGAGAGCUUUCCUGCGAGGCUGCAGGGAAUACGGCAUCCCCAGCAGAAUUCGAACGGACGACGGCGGGGAGAAUUCUGAGAUUGGCAGAUUUAUGGUAGAGCUAAGAGGUCAUGGUCACAAUGCACACUUAACUGGUCCGUCUGUCAGAAAUGUGCCUAUCGAGCGCUUUUGGGGGACAAUGGGAGAUCAUUGCACCAGACAUUUUAGGAAGCUGUUUCAACGUUUUGAAAGAGAGGGUACAUUGGACCCGUCAUCUGAUAUCGACAUUUUUGCACUGCACUUUGUCUAUCUUCCCAUAAUCAAUAAUGCACUACAACAAUUCAGAAAUUGGUAUGACAACCAUCCUAUCCGAACGACAGAAUAUAGAAUGAGCCCCAAACAGUUAAGGAUUACCGGCUACCAACGAUUCAGAAAUUCAGGUUACACUUCAGUAAUUGAACAUUUCAACGGGCCUCCUAUUGACGUUAACACACUCAUUGAAGACGAAACCGAGGAGGAGUAUCUGAUGAAGAUAUGCAGGCGUGGGGAAUUACAAAUUGAUCGGGAAUGUAUCGAAAAUCUCUUCAGGGAAGUUUUACCGUUCGAACUAGAAAACGGAAAUGGGAGGGACAAGUUCCUCUUAGCAAAAUUGAUCAUACAAGAAUACCAAAACCAGAACGAGAACCAGGACGAUUAAAGAUACCAAUGAUCUAUCAAAACACGACAUUACUACCUCACUACAACAGCAAUGGAUAAUUUUCUCAGCGUAGUAACAAAUUUUCUAACAUUUGCAUAAAAGCAACAAUGAAAUCCAUGUAUCAUAUGUUUCAAAAAUGUUUAGGAUUCAACUACAGCAGGCCUCAGUUUGCAUAAUUCAUUGCAAGGUUUCUCCCAAGCUUGAUGACAUACAUCAUGAAGUACCAACGUAUACUAAGCUAGCAUAGCAAGGUAACAUUUUAUGUUUAGGAAAGCGUAUAUCGAAAUGUAUGAAACUUUGAAACAGGGACCUAAAUAACUUUUUUAAGCAUUCAUUGAAGUAACAGCCCUGGCUAACUAUGUAUUUAUUACAUUCGCCGUAAAGGUCAUGUUUUCAGUGUUUGUCUGUGAACAGAUACCUCAAGAAGGUAUAAAUGUAACCUAAUAAUGUUUGGUGUGUGGACAGGCUGGCCACAAAUCUUAAAGUGAUUAGAAUUAGGGCUCCCUGGUGGCUUUGCUUGGUAAUGCAGCAGAACUUUGUGGUUUUGAUAUGUCAUAAAGUAGACGUGCUAUGGUCACAAAGUUUGCAAAGAAGAUAGCUCUUGUGUUCAGGAAGAAGUGCCACUAGUUCUUCUCAUAUGAUCAGCUUGUCCUGGACCUACAUGAGCGUUUGAUAUUCUCCGCGGAUUGUCGUGACUUUUGAUAUGUAGGUAGCGGAAGCGAUGCUUAAGCAAUGUAUAAUUGUAUAAGUGGUGAAGGUAUGAGAUCAUGGAACUCUUGUUUUCCAAAUUGUAACAUGACAAGACAACAACUAAAGGGAUGUAUCAGAUAGAUUGUGUGUAUGUUCCUCAUCUAUCUAAAUCCCAUAUUGCAAGUGAUGUGUGCAUUGUAAGCUUCCCCUCUGCGCUGUAACUUUUGCCACGGACGUCCUUUGUAGUUACAUAUUAAAACAUAUUUAUUUUAGAAUAAUCAAGUAUGAUUAGAGUAGACAUUUUUGUUUCGGACAUGUAUUAUAUUUAGUGUAGUACUAGAAUGAUUUGAUCUCAUUUUAUUUUUAUGAGACCUUAUUAAACAUGUUUUUACUCGUGCAACGUGUACGCAAUUGUUUAAUAUCUAUUUGGUUUGGGUGUAAUGUGUUCUUAACUGCUGUCGCGCCGUUUUCGAUGUACUAAACCUAGUGAUUCCUUGACGUAUAAGCAUUUAGUGUGCAUCAUUUUCUACUUUGUUUUGAGAUGUUUUUGAGACGUGAUUGUCUAACUGACAAAAUAAUUUUUGUAUUUUUUCGUUGUAGGAUCUUAUAGUCCUAAUGCUGGAAUGGCUUGUGUAUAUGGUAGCUGUAUAUGGUAGCUGGUUUCACACGUGGUUUUCUGAUAACCCCAUACAUAACCUCUAUACUAUUUAGCACAAAGCUUAAGAGAAUGCACAAAAUUGCUUUGAAAGGUAUUUUUACUAAUGGACAUUAAAAAUAAAAGGUGGUACCGAGGGUGAUACGAAAUACACCGUGAAUAUUUUAUUUAUGUCACAUACCCACCCGAGAAAACAAAAUGCGCCAAAAUUUGGUGUAUUUAAACAAAAAAAUACAACGGAAACGCGUUCAAUUUAUUCUUUGGAAUAUUUAGAAGCCCUUAAAUCGUACCGAUAGUUAUCACACGGGCGGCCCAGGUAGGACAUGACAUAAAAGGUAUUUCUUGCCUAUGAUAAAGGUACCGGGUCAUCAAGCACUUUUUAAUGACUCUAGCCUGUACGUAAGCACAAGCACGCCUGGUGAUCCCCAAGUCCCCUUGUGCUUGCAUUCUGACUGGCGGAACGAAGCGGUACUGCAAGGUUCCAUCCGCAUUUCUUAUUACAGUGUAUUGAGCAUUAUUACAGUGUAAUGAGAUCAUAACAGUGUAUUGAGUCUAUUACACUGUAGGGAUCAUUACAGCGUAUUGGGAUCAUUACAGUGUAACACUGUAUUAGAGCCAUCACAGUGUACUGUGACUGUUACACUGUAUUGGAGGGGCGUCACAGUGUAUUGACUUUUACGCUGUAUUGGAGAGGCGUUACAGUGUAUUGGAGGGACGUUACAGUGUACUGGCUGCGAUACAGUGAAUUCCUCAGAUACACUGUAUUCUGUCUUACAAACGCCGUAUUUGUCUAUUACAGUGUAAUCUGCCUGCAAUACACUGUUUUCUUUGUAAUACACUGUUUUCGGUCAAAAAUACAGUGUAUUUUGUCAAAUUACAGUGUAAUUAGCUUUUGACUGGGCUAUACAACCAUAU